AUGGCCACGGAGCAGGGCGAAACCAGGGCGGAGGGUGCCACCACACCUCUCAACGACCAAACCUCGGAGGUACUGUACUUCAACGAGUAUAAUCGCCAUUUCAGGCGUUUACUACGGAGCGUUGGGCCGAGCGACAACCCCGAUGUGUUUCCAAUUAAGAAAGAAGAAUUAAUCUCAUGGGGCGUGGGUGCAGGUUUAAAUCGUUUGGUCAUCCUAAGACAGGGCCCUGGGAACCGCCAAUACCUUGGCUUCGUCAACCAUAAGCCGCAUAGCUGUGAAAGACACGGCUUCGACGUAGUCCAUGAUGCCGCUGAUGAGUGGGAAAGAAGGGAGAGGGAAGAGAAAGAGCGCAGUGCAGGAGGUGAAAGUUGA